GUUCUGCACUGAUAUAACAGUAGCAUUUGGUGAACCACGAUCCGAGCUAAGCCGAACGUGGAUACACGAAGUAGUGCGAUGUAGGUUCGAUAGUGACUGAGUUCGAGUCAGUGUAGAAUAUAACCAUUGGAAUGUUACUGUAUUACUCGUUUGCUUUGUUUACUCAUAUGAUUUGUAUUUUAAAAGUGAGUGUUUCUUUUGAAUAAUGGAGCUACAUUUUAAUGAGGAGAGUGUCACGUGAUCUUUCAGCAGAAAGGAAAACCUAAGUUCGAACGAUUCCGGUUAACAAGUGACGGUGUUUUCGCGUUGAACCAAUGAGAAUCACAAACAUAGCUUAGGGCUUGAAACAUUGUAGUGAGAAAUGUUGAAUAAUGAUCCAUGGCUGUGAAUUGUGGUGUGAAGUGUAUAGUGAGAUGUGUCUGUAUCUAUAAACAGUGUGAUGUCUGUUUUCAAGACGUAAAUCGUACUUUCUAAUUCUCCGGAAUGUCUGGAAGUCGCUCAAGUAACGACCCGGAACAUAAGUCACCACGGGAAAGUGGUGAAGAUUCCGAGGAUGAGAGUGAAAUUUUAGAAGAAAGUCCAUGUGGAAGAUGGCUUAAACGAAGAGAAGAGGUGGAGCAACGUGAUGUACCAGGGAUUGACUGUGCCUACCUGGCGAUGGACACUGAGGAGGGCGUUGAGGUCGUGUGGAAUGAGGUGCAGUUCUCUGAAAGGAAAAACUUCAAGGCCCAGGAGGAUAAAAUUCAACAGGUGUUCGAAAACCUCACCCAGUUAGAACAUCCAAACAUUGUCAAGUUCCAUCGCUACUGGACAGAUACUCACAACGACAAGCCACGGGUUAUCUUCAUCACGGAAUAUAUGUCGUCCGGGUCCCUGAAACAGUUCCUAAAACGCACCAAGAGAAAUGUGAAGAAGUUACCACUCCAGGCCUGGAAGAGAUGGUGCACGCAGAUUCUGUCAGCCUUGAGUUACUUGCAUUCCUGUUCUCCACCCAUCAUCCAUGGGAAUCUCACCUGUGAUACCAUAUUUAUUCAGCACAAUGGCCUCGUGAAAAUAGGAUCAGUGGCACCUGAUGCUAUCCAUCACCACGUCAAGACGUGCAGAGACAAUAUGAAGAAUAUGCAUUUUAUUGCCCCUGAAUAUGGAGUUUCUGUGACGCCUGCAAUUGACGUUUACUCGUUCGGUAUGUGCGCGUUAGAGAUGGCAGCGUUGGAGAUCCAGGGUAAUGGCGACUCUGGGACGCUGGUGACCGAAGAAAAUAUCAAUCGGACGAUAGAGUCACUCGACGACGAGCAACAGAAGGACUUCAUCCAUAAGUGUCUGCACAAAGAGCCGGAUCACCGACCCUGUGCCCGAGAGCUCUUAUUCCACCCACUUCUCUUUGAAGUCCAUUCACUCAAACUCUUGUCUGCGCAUGCUCUCGUCUAUAGCACCGCCAACAUCUCGGAGACUAUAACAGAUGAGGUGAUGCAGAGACUGUUCGGACCGGACGUGGUGGUAGCAGAGAUCAUCCACGUUGAUCGACAAGGAGUGCAGAUGAAGAUGUGUGACGUGCCCGUCGCAGAGAAACUUGAGAAAUUUGUCGAAGAUGUGAAGUAUGGCAUUUACCCGCUGACUGCAUUCAGGGCUCAACAACCUCCACCGCCUCGACCUCGUCCAAUAUCACCAGAGAUGGCAGAAUCUGUGAAGUCUGUUACACCAGAGCCGGUCGACGUGGAAAUGAGGAGAGUCGUGAACAUGAUGUGCAACGUGAAGCCGAAGGACGAGAGCUGUGAAUUGCAGAUGACUAUAUUGCUUCGAAUGGAUGACAAGAUGAAUCGUCAGCUUACGUGUUUGGUGUCUGAAAUUGACACGUCUUUACUUCUGGCUCAGGAAUUGGUUUAUUUUGGCUUCAUCAAUGAGGCUGAUAAAGAGAAGAUCGCCACUCUUAUCGAAGACACGCUGCACAGCUGUUUCAGUAAUCAACUCCUAAGUCCGAGAAGCGGCACCUCUCAACUCCUCGGUACUGCCACUCUGUUUCCUCCGCAACCACCGAUGCUUCUGUCUUCAGCACCCAGCAAUCAAGUGACGGUACACUCGGGGAGUUAAUAGCGGCUUCACAGCCAGUCGGCUAGCUGAAUGGGCGAAGUGUGGGUGGAGCUCUCGUGCAGUCCACUCUAGCAAUAUUAUAACCAGUUGGCUUGCCGGUGGGCUGAUAAGUGACUGGGUACAGCACCAGAACUAGACUGACGUCUAGUGACAAGCGGAAGAAGUGCGACAUUGCGCUUGAGAAUAGCCGGCAACAGGUGUAAGGAGUGUGCAUUCAGUAAGUCCGGAACCCAGUAACAAUUUAAUUACUACCUUUCUCUGUAAUUCCUUGUCCCUUCAAUUUUUCAUGUAUAAGUAUAUAUUUUUAAGUCAGCUUGGUGCAGAAAGCUAGUCAUACCAGAAGAUUUCUCUUGCUCCCAUACGUUGCAAAUUGAAUGCAUAUCGCUGCAGGUUUAGCUUCAUUUUUAGGACAGUUUUUUCUUUUACUGCCAUUUUCCACAUCGCCGUCACUGUCGUCGCAACUAGUUUUGAGCAGACGGCAUCCGCCGAAUUAUAGCCGUAGCCGCCGACACCGGUGCUGUAUUUAAGCAUUUUUGUGUCAGAUCUGGAGCUGAUUUAUUUUCUUGCUAGCCAACAGCAGCUCUGGAGCAAGUACGUGACCCGCAGAAGAUAUUUUAUCCGAGCCGUGGCGAAUUAUUCCGCGUGUACUUCCCAACUCUGACCAGACAUACAGAUACAUACUGUGUGGUAUAUAUUCAGACGCUGCUUCGAUAUUCUUGGGCCACGUGUAACCGACGUUUCUUUACAGCGAAAAUAAAAUUUGGAAAAUUGCAUUUUUUCUUAGGGUUUAAAUAGUUAGUUUUCCAUGGGAUAUGUCAUGUUCUUUGUUUCGGUAUCAUCUGUUUGUUUAUAAUUACACUCAAAUUUUCCAGUGCAGAAUGUAUGAAUUGUAUGGAGCUGUUUUAAAUCUCCUGUGUCCUGUGAUACAUUAGUUUCUAAAUUUGUUACGAGACCUGAAAUGCAGUCAGAAUUUGAUAUUGCAACACAUGCAGUGUCUUGUCCCAACAACUCUUGCUUGUAGAUUUCUGUUAACUGCUGCAUUGUGUACUGCAUAUCGGCUUCAUUUUUGUAAACAAUACAAUACUCAAUUAGAAUGAUAGAUAUCUGUGUAUAUAAUGCAAAUACUAUUUUGUUAUUUUUUAAAUUGAUGUAUUUGCCUCUAGAGACUGAUAAGGUGAAACAAGAAAUAUAUGGAUGUUUAUGAGGAAAAUUUGCAUAAUUAAGAGGCAAGGGGCCAACUCAAUAAUUAUUAUAAUUAUAGUAUUUGCUGCAAGGGGUGGAAGGAAGAGAAUGUGUGCACGGUCAGUGCUCGUAACGUGCCGGAUAUGUCGUGAAUGGGCGCUUUCUAGAUUGAGGGGCAUAUGAUGAAUAACUGGUGGGUUGAAGAAAUAAAAUGGUAGACUAAAAGUGCAAAUGUAGCCUGUCUAUAUUUUUUCCUCCCCCAGAGCUUGAAAAUGUUUUUUGCUCAAAUUCCAGCGCAGUGUUUCUGUAAUUUACGAUGUAAUAGUCUGUGUAGUUUUUUAUUUUUUGGAAAUGGGGUACCAUGUUUGUAGUGUUCAUCCGCCAUGUCACGUAUUGAUUUAAAGCUUUGGAAAUAAACCUUUGCACUUGUGUCGCUGAUUAAAAAAAAAAAGGAAAUUACAGUGUAUUGUUCUUCCCUAGUCUAAUGGAAAUUGAAAGAAAACCACUGCUUUGAUGGCUCAUAUUGAGCGGCAUUAAGACUGUCUUUGACUGAUGAAACUUUGCAAAUCUCUUUUAUGUGAAAGCAUCUAAAUGAUGGUGAAUGUAUUUUCAAGCAAGAUCCAGUAAACCAUAGGAGUGCAUCUUUUCUUAGGCACAUGACAAUACAAUCGUGUGAUGGUGGGUGAGUAUAAUUAAAGGACAUCAUCUUCACAUGAGCUCAAGAAAAUAUGCGUAUCAGGGGGUCGAGGUCAGCAGAAAAUGUGUUAAUAAUUUGUUGUGAUCAUUGCUUGUAUUGUGUAAGGUUCAUGCAAUCCCUUUUGAAAUUAUGUCAAUGGCCAUUUUCAAAUUGUGUUAUUAUGAUGAGCAUUCAGCCAUUCUAAUUCAUUAAACAAUCCUAAAUGUGGCCAACAAG